GAGCAAACUUACUGCGAGAGUUGUCCUCACCGGCGCGCGGAGGUGGGAAGCAGCGAGAAAAAAAGCUCGAGGAUGGUGGACUCCCGCGUCCCUCGCUCAGGCGGCCCGGGAAUCACGCGCCAUUGAAGGGUUGAUAGGGUGCAUGCGCUUUGGCUUCACUGAGUGCACGCUCGGGUCGGUCGAGCACACUGGCGUGGCUCUCGGCCUCCAUUUGCCAGUUUGUGUUUAUGUUCGAGGGAUUCAACGAGACCCCAACAGCAGCCGCGACGACGUGCAACAGUUGGAGUUUCGCCGUGAACGUUAUUAUUACAUCACCAACGGUCAGCACAAGACGUUAAACGGACGUUGAACGGUGAGGCGUUUGUAAAACCUGCAACUUUUCCAACUUGGUGUUGUAUGAAGUGGUAAAGCCAUUCAUCAUGACUGCAAAAGACUCUGAACCCUCAUCCAUGGAGGAGGAUCCCCCUGCACAAAUGGAGGAGAGUCUGACAAACAUCCCCGUCUCAGAUCCUCCUCCUACUGCCCUCUCCUCAUCUUCUCUUGAUCAAACCACGACGAUAUCUGACUUAACAAAUGAGAUUGUGAUAAAGCCAAGAGCAGUCUCACUGGAAGGUAAUGACUGCAGCCCAGUUCUGUCCUCGCUUGCUAAAACCAGCCAAGUCAAACCCACGGUAGAGACUAGCCCAAAUGCCUCACAUAUCCCUUCCUCAUCCCCUACGGUUCAAACCACUACGAUACGCAAUUUCCCAAGUGAGGCUGUGAUGAAGCCAAAAGCCGUCUCUGUGACAAAUAUCGACUGUAGCCCAGCUCUGUCUUCGCCCACAGAGGCUAGUCCUGCUAAACCUGCUGUAACAUCACCCACUACUUUUGACGGCACUGUUGUCACCAGCCCAGAUACCUCCCAUAUUGCCUCAGCUUCUGACUCCCUGACAUCCACAGGUACAAGCCUUGUCAGCUUAUCAGAAGCACCUUUGUCGUCAUUGCCUGUUUUGCCAUCCACCACAUUUGGCAACCAAGACCAAGACAAGGAUUUUCCCAAUGUUUUGACCUUUAAAGGUGUGAGUCUCACUCUGGAGAAUAACAGUGUGUGGAAGCAGUUCUACAGCUGUGGGACUGAGAUGAUUCUCACCAAACAGGGACGCCGCAUGUUCCCGUACUGCAGAUAUCGACUGGCUGGCCUGGAUCCUGAUAGGAUGUACAGUCUGGUUCUGGCUAUAGUUCCUUCAGAUCAGUACAAGUACCGCUGGAACCAUUCCAAAUGGGAGAUCACUGGACCAGCUGAGCACCAGCCUCAGGGACUGAUUCGUGCCUUUGCUCACCAUAACUCUCCCUGCCGAGGCUCAGAGUGGAUGGGCAGCUUGGUGUCCUUCUAUAAACUGAAAUUGACCAAUAAUCUGCAAGAUCAAGAUGGGCAUAUAAUCCUACACUCAAUGCAGCGCUACAUUCCCAGGGUUCAUGUGAUUCCUGUCCCAGAUGGUGAAGUAUUUACUCCAGACAAGCCUUUGGUAAUGGGACCAGAGUGUAUAACCUUUACCUUUCCACAAACUGAAUUCAUGUCUGUGACCACGUAUCAGAACUUUCGCAUCACACAGCUGAAAAUUAAUCAUAAUCCGUUUGCAAAAGGCUUCAGGGAGGAUGGGAAUAACAGCCGCCUACAACGCAUCACACCAGGAGCUCAUCCUAUGGUCAAGCUCGACACUCAGUCUACUGUUUUAAUACCUGCUGAUAUAAAAGAAGACCAGGGGUCUGUGGAUCCCAGCACAAAGAAAGAACCUGUCCCUGUUUCUGCCUCCGCUGAACAAGAAACUAGACUGGUCCUGAAGCCCAUAAUGUCUACCUCAGCCAAUAAGGGUGACCCAUAUGUCCCCUGUAUAAGAGGAAACCACGCCCUUGGGGAGCUUGUUCUUGUUCAAAAAUGUGCGACUGAGAAAGCCAAGGAAGAACAAAAUGCUGUCACUGUGAUCCCAAAGAUGUACAAAGGCUUCAGAUUUACAUCUAAAGCAUUAUCCAGGACUUCAAAGUUCAAAACCUCUACUCCGGGAUCAACACUAGGGUACCACAAGAGGAGGAGGAGGAAGAGGAUCAACAAGCGCUGGGCUAAUUCCCGGGGAAAACUGUGGAAAGCUACUGCUGCCUCCCCCAUGGUUGUCCACAGUCCUUCAUUAACUGUCGCUAUGCAACCAGAGCUGGAUGAUGUAGAGGGCCUGCUAUUUGUGUCUUUCACCUCAAAGGAAGCUCUUGAUGUUCAUGUUGGAGAUGAGCCCAGCAAAAGCUCAUUUUUGCAGUCUCCAGCUACCCAAACAACACAGAUGGAGUCGAGGCCAACAGUAGAGGAGGUUAGAGAGUCUGAUGACGAGAAGAUAACCCGCUUUGAGGCCGUUCUGCUGCAGAACCUCAACGUGUUAAAACACAGACAAGUUAUCCAUCCUGUGCUGCAGGAAGUUGGCUUGAAGUUGACCUCCCUAGACCCAGCCAUGCCCAUUGAUCUGCAGUACCUGGGGGUUCGCCUGCCCCUACCUCCCCCAAAUGUACCCAAACAAGAUGAGCCUGCUCCAGGUGAAGAAGGGUUACCCUUUGUCUCACGGACUGGAAAGACAAAUGACAUGACAAAGAUAAAGGGAUGGAGAAACAAGUUUAUAAAAAAAGACGAGUCAUUGUCAAACUCAGAUGGAUCCCAGAAAAACCUGUCAGCCUUCUGCAGUAACAUGUUGGAUGAGUACCUGGAAAAUGAAGCUCAGUACAUCAGUGAGCGUGCCAAUGCUUUCUCCACAAACCCAGAGGGCUCUGUGUCCUAUCAGCUGCCUACAAAGAGCUCCAGCUACGUUAAGACCCUGGACAGCGUACUCAAGCAUCGAAAAGCCACUUCUAAAUUGCCUUGGCCGGCCGUCAGACCCCACCCUCUUUCCCGUAAAUCAGUCCCCCAUUCUGCUCCCUCUGUUCAAGCCGAAGCUUCGUCUGCACAGCAGUCAAAGCCUGCUUCUUUAUCGGAACACAACAGUUCAAUUUCACCCAAAUUGCCUUCAUCCCUCCUUGGGCAGAAUCAGAGUCCAGCACAAAAACCUCCAGGCUUCACUAAGUGUCAGUUCAGCCUGAUGAAGAUGGAGCUCGGAGCCUUCAACGAAGGUCUGCACAGAACUGAGCUGACUUCAGACAGGCUGUCUGUGGCUCUAUCUGCUAUUGUGACCAAACAGAUGCAUUCCAGUCAGAUCUUGAAGUUAGCCAAGUAUCCACAGCAUAAAGCUAAGGGGCCUACAUGUGGGCGGGACUUCUGCAGACUGGGCUGUGUGUGUUUCAGCCUGCAGUGUCUGGAGAAAGGUCCUCCCCACUGCCGGCAGCCUGAGUGCAUGUUCAGCUGCAUCUGCUCCAAACCUAUAACUUAUAUGGAACAUGCGGUCCAGCUUCCCCCAGGCUGUCAUGCUAAAAAACUAUGGCGGCGUGACCUUCGUGACGAGGAUAAAGAUCCACUCUCUGUCCCCAAAAGGGUUCCUGUGUGGGUAGCCCAGGCCAAGGUCCAAAAACGUGGCUUUGUACAUCAUCCAAGCCAACAGAUAAGAGAGGAGGAUAAGAGUCCGGUGUAUAAAUAUUUUGAAAGCUUGAUGACCUGUGCGCGUGUAAGAGAAUUCUGUGGAAAGCCUUCCCCUGAAGUCCUGGAGCCCAAGAUCCCUGAUCCUGAAUCACUGGACAUCACUGACAAACCAUUUGACACAACCACUGAAAGCCUGCAGAAAACUGACCUCAUCUCUGCAUCAGAUGUUGAUAAAACAGCAGAAAAGACUUCUCAGGGAUCAACAGGCAAAGACUCAGAAGGUAGAAUGAAAAUUGAGAUCCAGUCAUCGUGUACAUGGGACAAAGAUCGGAAAAUGAUCCUUGAGACUUUGUAUCAACGCAUGUCUCAGAAUCAGCUAGUUCAUCGCUUUUGUAUCGGACCAUACCGAAUCCACCCGCUUGCCAAAAUCUCCAUGCGCAAGCCAAGUGGCACAGUGGUCACAUACAGGGUGCACAUCAGUAAACCAUCAAAAUCCAGUGAUAAUGAUGAAGAUGAAUCUGAUGACAGUGAUGAUGAAAAUCCUGCUGGUAAAAGCCAUGUGGGAAAUGCUGAAACAGAGCUGGAUAAUAGCCAAGUUGAAAUGCCAGAGGGACAAAUUGGAGUCAUGCCAUUUCUCUCUGGAGUGAUGCCCGCUGGAAGCCUAACAGCCAAGACUAAACCUGUUGGCCUCCAAGCAAAUGGACUCAUACAGGUAAAUGGCAAAUCCUACAACCAGGCCAGAUUGCUGCUAGGGAAUAUGGGAUCUCUCCAUCCUGCUAACCGCCUCGCAGCUUACUGCACAGGACGACUAAAAGCACCUGCUGACAUUUCUCUAAAAAAUCUUGGGGAGAAACCUACAAAGGCAAAACCUGCUAGCAUUUCUCUGAAAUAUCAUGGGAAAUCAGGGCCUACAAAGACAACACUUGCUGGCAUCUCUCUAAAAAAUCCUGAGAAAUCAGAACCUAAAAAAACAAUGCCUGCUGGCUUUAUUCUAAAAAACCAUGAGAAAAUUCUAAAAAACCAUGAGAAAUCAGAGCCCAUACAGAAAACCAACCCUCUUCGUGCCCUGCACAUAACAGCCUCAGGCACAGUUGUCCCUUCGGUUAUUAUUGCAACAAAAACCACAGAUCUGAAGACCCAAGCACUGCAACCAGUGAAGCUACUCCAGCCUGAAGCCCUGACUAAAGGAUGCCUCACCUUGUCACAGGUGUCCACAAACUCCACUUCUGUCACCCCUGUCCUAUCUUUCAUUGCUGUCCCAACACAGCAAACUGUGAAGCAGCCUGAAACACUGAAAAAAGGGUCUGUCACCACAAACUCCUCCUCUGUCACCCCUGUCCUAUCUAUCAUUCAAAGCCCGGCACAGCAACCUGUGAAGUUAGUCCAGCCUGAGACAAUGACAACAGGGCCCAUUGACUUAACUCAGGAGUCCACAAACUCGUCUUCCGUCAGCCCCGUCCUAUCUGGUAUCCAAAGCCCUGCACAGCAACCUGUGAAGUUAGUCCAGCCUGAGAAACUGACAACAGGACCAAUUGACUUGACCCAGGAGUCCACAAACUCCUCUUCUGCCAACCCGGUCCAGUCUUUCCUCAAAAGCCUAGCACAGCAUCCUGUGAAGUUACUCCAGCCCGAGACUGGGACAAAAGACCACAACACCUCAACUCAGGAUUCCACUAACUUCUCUCCCCCCAACUCCCUCCUUUCUUUCAUCCAAAGCCUAGGACAACAAUCUAUAAAAUUACUCCAACCUGAGAAAUUGACAAAAGAACCAAUCGACUCCUUUUCUGCCAACCCGGUCCAGUCUUUCCUCAAAAGCCUAGCCCAGCAUCCUGUGAAGUUGGUCCAGCCCGAGACAAAACCCAUUGACUUGACUCAAGGGUCCACAAACUCCCCUUCAACCAACCCUGUCCAACCUUUCAGCCCAGCACAGCAACCUGUGAAGCUGUUUCAGUCUGAGACACUGCCAAAAGGACCCAUCACCUUGUCUCAGGAGUCUUCAAAUUCUUCCUCCAUCAACCCUGUUCAGUCUUUCAUCAAAAACCAGCUCAGCUCAUUUGCCUCGCUCCAUAACAGCUCUGCAUCCUCGCCUGUGUCUCUGACUGUCUCCCCCUCACUGAAAAGCCCCAGCUUUUUAGAGCAGAGUGGGACGUAUUCAUUCAGAAUCUGCCCUCCAGCUAACCAGGACACCGCAGGCAAGAAUCCACCAGGAGUCUCCCUGCCUGGGGGCUUCACCCUUAUUCAGCUCCCAAAGCCUAGAAAUGACAAACCCACACAGCAACCUCAGUCUGUGAGAACUACAAACAUGGCUGUUGCAAAUAAAGCCCCACCACCAAACCCUGGCUUGUUAAACAUGAGACACCCAGCACCUGAUCCCAAAGCAAAAUGGCAUGAAUUUGACUUCUUUGCGCGGGCAAAAGAGCUGACAGACAUCAGGUCAACACAGCCUGGAGCGUUCACGAGGCAGAUGUUUGACGAGAAGAUGAGGUCAGUAAGGAAUGAAAGACUCACCGCUAUGAUGGUGGACUCACAUGUGGACAAUACUCCUGAAGACUUCAGCUCUGACUUGUCCGAUUUUGACGUUGAGGUUGAUGACGAUGAGGACCCUGUGGACAUCGAGACUGUAGAAGAAGUUAGACAAGAAAUGGCCAUCGCUAAAAUGAAAGAAGCCGUGCGCAUGGCUUUACUGGACGCACGUGAUACCAGUGGAUUUGGACUAAUCAGCAAACUGGCCAUGAGUCAACUGGAGGAACAAAUUGAUGAAGGGUCAAGGGACAGAAAGAGAAAAUCUAUCCACACAGUGCUAGAGAGGCAAAGACGGUCUGAGCUGCGGGAGCUUUUCCACAAACUGGAGAGCGUCCUGAUGAGUGACCCCAAAGCCCCCAGGCUCCUCCUCCUCUCACAGGCCAUUGAGGAAAUACAAAAACUGGUGGAGACCUCCAAAAGUCUGGAUGAGCAGAAGCGCAAGCUGGAAGAGGAGCAGUCGGACUAUCUGAAGAAGCUCUCCAAUUUGUCUGGGAAGCCGCAUGAGCUAAUCAAACACAAGCUGAAUGAAAUCUACGAGAGACAGAAAGAAAGAGAAAGGGCAUCAAAAUUGAGGCCCUUCUUCUCCAAUCUGCUCCAGUCCAGGGCUACUACUCUUGAAGCACCGUCACCCACCCAGUCGAAACCGCAGUCCCUGCCACAGCUCGACUCUUUUACAGAUAACCCUCAUCUUCACCCACUCGUCGCAGCAGCACUUGAAAGUGUACACAAGAAGCCCUCGCCUAUUCAAGGGCCUCUAGCAUUGCUUUCACAAGCCAUGCUCAAUUUUAAUGGAACUCCACCAAGGGCAGAGGAGCAGCCUGGGGACCCUAAGGACGCCAGCAAAGACAAAUCGCCUCAAGUGAGGGAGACGGCGGGAGAGCUGGAGACUGUGAGCCAGGAGAAGACAGUGGUCAGCACACCAAACCCCCCAACAGAUCAGCAGCCUCAACAAUCUGUAGUUACAGCCACACCUCUGGUCACUACAGCACAGGUUGGAGCGUCACCUCCUGUCUCAUCUAGCAAGGCUACAAAGAAGCAGCCGACUGGAGUUCCUCCAGAGCCAUCUUCUUUUCCUCUGAUCCGCUCCAAGACUGGCAGAAUCAUACUUCCUGCCUCUCUCAAACCAAUUGGCCAAGGCUUCUACACACUGACCUUUUUGAAGCCUCAGGAGGAUGGGGCAGAGGGAGGCCCUUCAGACCCAGACCCAGACCCGUCCAAGAACAAAACCAAGAGCCCGCCUGAAUUAAAAACAAUCCAAACUGAUGACAAAGACAAACCUGUGGACAAACCUGUGGACAAACCUGUUGACAAACCUGUUGACAAACCUAUUGACAAGAUUGUUGACAAAACUGCUGGUAAAACUGUUGAACCUACAAAAUCUCAGCUACAGCCUUCAGUCAUCCUCACCAAACCACUUUUUGUGCCUUUAGUGGAUCUGAAAGAUAUCAAGGGGACAGCAGCAGGUGGAAAGGAAACUCAAGGAGCUGCCCGCUUGAAUUUCCAGCAUAUUCGUGAUGCUUCUGUGUUGAUCAAGCCAAAGCCUGAUCCUGACUCCCCAUCCCUCGUGGUCAAACGGGGUAGAGGGAGACCUCGAAAGCAACCCUUUUCUCCUCUUGGUGAAAAUAUAAAGCACACUGGGGGUGGCAACAGUCAAACACCAGAGGUAAAACCAGAAGACCAGCCAGUGGAAGUGACCCACUCACAAGCUGAGGACACCCCUCCAGCAGUCAAACGAGGAAGAGGGAGACCUCGGAAGGAUAAACGGAAGGAUGAAUCCAUACAAAUGUGGAGACCUCCACCUAAUCUAGUAAAACGCAGUCCCCGGAGAUCUAGAAGAGACAGCCCUGGCAGGUUCUCUGACAUAAGCUCGGAUUGUGAACUCAAGGCAGAAACUCCUGAGCAGGGACUUAGGGGCACAUCCCGGCCUUUAACUAGAGGUGCUCUUGGAAAGGACUUCCCCAGCGCCAAGAAACGCUCAUGGAUAGAUGUAGAGAAGGAGCUGGGUCUGGAGCCAGAGGUGGAGUCUGAGUAGUCCUCAGAUCUUCUUGUUCAGUCCUCUGGCUUCUGUCUCAGAGCUCGCUGCUGCUCUUAUCUGUGUGAGGGCACAAAACUCAGCUGAUUUUUUUCUUACUGUGGAUUAAAGUUAAGAUUGGUACAAAAAAAUUACAACAAAGCAUUAAUGGACCUGCUGAAUGUAUGAAUGAAUGUAAUAAUUCCCACAUUCAGAUCUGAUAUUUUUCUACAAGGUGUCUUCUCUAAGUGGUACUGUUUUUGUUUGAAGUCAUUUAUUACGGUGCAAGCUGUCACAAAUGGUAAUAAAACUGUUAGCAUUGUAUUAAGCCAACACAUGAGUGAAAUGUCAAAUCUGAUGUUUUGGUUCUUCAUUAACUCAGCGGAUGUUAUUUAUGUCUUUUUCUGUUUUUAUUGAACGAUAGUUUGAUGUUUUCCUCUCUUAACCUUGUUUAUCUUUAAUUACUCAGUGGAAAUUAUCUGUAGUAGCACUUUAUGCAUUUUCUGUAGAAUCAAUCCAUGUUGUCUUUGCUUUGGUCUAUGUAGUUAACAAUAAUGAUCUGCUGUCUGAGGAGCAGCUCAGUAAUGUGCAGAGACUCCUGAAGAUGUCACAAGCAAUCAAGGUGAAAACGACUAGCCAUAUAUUGUAUCUAUGAUGUGAAAAUAAAUGUAAAUAUUGUCUUUCAUGUUUUAUUCCAGUAUAUUUUUGUGGAUUUUGAAACACUGGUUGUCUCGUUGCUUCUGUUUCAAUGAAAAUUUGAAAAAUCAUGUGGCCUUUAU